AUGGCAGGUGCCGCCGCCAAGUUCGCUGACUACCUGGUCCAGGAGUGUAGGUCAAUGGUGGCUACACAAUGCCGGGAAAUUUGCAUGGCUGACAAAGCAGACGGAAAGGAUCUUGAUGGACAAAAGGAAUUGAUGGGAAAAUGCUUCCAUGGAUCGGCUGGCUAUGGUUCGUGCUUAACCAAUUUGAUUGAAGGGAAGGGCGAUUAUGCAUCGCUGUAUGACCGUAUGGCAAUUGAGAACAAUCGAGAAGGAAACGAGCUUCGGAAAGAUGGCUACUCGCUGAUUCUGCGAGACCUGGUUUCCUGUGAUGAGGCAACCACAUUCUGUGUCCACUCUAGAGGCUUUACGCGAGAGGCACUGGCCAAGACAAAAGGAGAACUUAUUCAGGGAAGAAACGUCUAUGAUAGAGGCAACAGAUGCAUCGCCAACUACAAAACUGCUCUCAAAUACCACGACGAAUUUUGUCCAAAGUCUUCUCCAGAACCGUAUCCUUCUGGUAAAGGCUUGGAUGAUAUGUUGAUGUAUGUUCGACAGAAAAUGUAUAUGUUGCUCAAGGGGGCAAAGAACAAAGAUGGCGCAAGACGUGUGAAGAAAGAUGCGGACAGUUUCACUGCAGAAGAAAUGCCUGAGAAGUAC